AUGUGGUCCCGAGUACUGGUGGGAGGGCCUCGGGUGGCCGCUGGCAGGUGGCCCGCGCUGGGGCCUCGCCUCGCCGCCCGUCUCCUCCCGCGGCGGACCCCCGAGCCCAGCCUGGCGCUACAGCGGAGCCUGCACGCGACAGCAGCCCGGGCUCUCCCGCUCAUUCCCAUCGUGGUCGAGCAGACGGGUCGCGGCGAGCGCGCAUAUGACAUCUACUCGCGGUUGCUGCGCGAGCGCAUCGUGUGCGUCAUGGGACCGAUCGAUGACAGUCUGGCCAGUCUGGUGAUCGCGCAGCUGCUGUUUCUGCAAUCGGAGAGCAACAAGAAGCCCAUCCACAUGUACAUCAACAGCCCUGGCGGCGUGGUGACCUCAGGCCUGGCCAUCUAUGACACCAUGCAGUAUAUCCUGAACCCUGUCUGCACGUGGUGCGUUGGCCAGGCCGCCAGCAUGGGCUCCCUGCUUCUGGCCGCCGGCUCGCCGGGCAUGCGCCACUCGCUCCCCAACUCCCGAAUCAUGAUCCACCAGCCUUCGGGUGGUGCCCGGGGCCAAGCCACAGACAUCGCCAUCCAGGCAGAAGAGAUCAUGAAACUGAAGAAGCAGCUGUACAGUAUCUACUCCAAACACACUAAGCAGAGCCUGCAGGUGAUCGAGGCAGCCAUGGAAAGGGACCGUUACAUGAGUCCCGUGGAGGCCCAGGAGUUUGGCAUCUUGGACAAGGUGCUGGUCCACCCUCCCCACGAUGGAGAGGAUGAGCCAGAGUUGGUGCAAAAGGAGCCGGCGGCAGUGGCGGCAGUGGCGACAGUGGUGGGGGCCACAGACCCUGUCCCAGCAAGCUCCUGAGAGCCCAGUCUCCUUUGGGGAAGAGAAGUUGUGGGGCUGGCGGACCCCCAAGAAUGCAGCCCUGCUCCCCUCCGGUUGCCAAGCCUGAGGCCCCUUGCGGAACUUAGGGUGACAGGGUGGGCUGCUGGGACACUGUGAUUUUCAAGUAAACCCUCGUGAUCUUU